AUGGCCAGUUCACUUUUUGAUGGCCAGUCAGAAGUAGAGUACUUGCUCCAGACUGAAUUGAAGAUUUUGUCAUUCUUGCUAAAAGACCGAGUCUCUCCUGGCAAUCUUUGGGAAAUUGUUGGGGAGCGCACUAUUGAAGCGAAACAGGAGGGAAUAUUGCGCCAACACCAAAGCAAUUACUUUGCUGAAUUUCAGGGACAAAGGCAUGUAAUCGUAGAGCAUAUUCUUAUGGAGGAAAGGAAGAAAAGAAGUCAGAUGGAGGUGUCCUUGUACCGUCAGGCUAUUGAACAUGUGCAGCAGCACCGGAUGUUCCAUCGUUUUGCAUGUCCAGUCAAGCGUGACAUCAGGUCUCCCUCGACAUGCUCAGCCUGUCCGACAGUUACGCGAGAGAAAUGUGAAGCUUGGUUAGGGGGACGAUACGCCCACCCCCUCUCAGAUGCCCCACCUCUGAUGGGACAUUACUGUUUUUUGCAUGCUUCCACUCAUUCAACAUCUGGUUUCAUCCCUGCACACAACGACAAAUGGACAUCCGUCAUUCUAAAUUGUGUCGGCGCUUCAUUAUCCCUGUUGAGCACAUGUGUAGCUGUCGACGUCCAAGAAGCCUUCUAUGAUGCAUUCCAUGCAGAACAAGCCUGCCAGGCAGGAUUAAUGACACAGUCUUUUACUGUUAAUGGCGACCUAUAUCAUCGCGACAUCGGGUUGGAGCUACUUAUCUUGCAGGCAAAAAUGCGCUGCGCCCAAGCAGAGAUAGACCUCUAUAUGGUGGCCACCAAAAAUGCUCGUGAAUUCGACUCUUGUGACAACAUUAGCGUGUCGUCAUCUUCUGGUGGUUCUAAUCCUCCGCCUCUGCCUCGACCAGACAAAUUGUACUACUAUGACAUAGACCGUGAUGAUGUGACGGAUGACUUUGAUAAUUUCCAAUUUGAGUAA